AUGCACACUCCGCAGUCAGACCUCGCUCUUUCUGUAUCUUCUGUCCAGCUUCUGGACGCGAAACGGCUGGAAGAUGCUAUCUUCACGAUGACUAAAUCCAUCAUGGGUGCGACGGGUAGUGGCAAGACGACAUUCGUCAACAAGGCCAGUGGUGGCAACCUGACAGUCGGGGCGGGCCUGAGGUCAUGUACGAGUGACGUGCAACUAUGCAAACCGUUCGAGGUCGACGGACGCAGGGUGAUACUCGUUGACACACCAGGAUUCGACGAUACGACCAAAAGCGACACGGAUAUACUCUCCACAAUAGCUUCUUUUCUUACUGCGUCGUAUGAGCAGGGGAGGAAAUUAGCUGGUAUCAUCUACAUGCAUCGCAUAUCCGAUGUUAGAAUGGGUGGUAUAUCCUCGCGGAACUUCAGAAUGCUCCGACAUCUGUGCGGGGACACAACCUUGAAGAAUCUAGUGAUCGUCACGAACAGGUGGGAAGAAGUAUCUCCAUCCCUUGGUGAAGCUCGCGAGGCGGAGCUUGCGUCGCAGGACAUAUUCUUCAAACCAGCCUUAGACAAAGGGGCGAAACUACUUCGACAUACCAACGACGUGGACAGCGCAAUGAACAUCCUCCGCUACACGAUCCGGAACGCCCCGCUCCCUCUCAAGAUCCAGGAAGAAAUGGUUGACGAAGGGAAGAGUCUUGACGACACCGCCGCCGGUGCCGAGGUCCACGCUGAAAUCAAAAGGUUGAUGAAGAAACAUGAAAAAGAUCUGCGCGCACUCAAGGCUGAGAUGGAUGAAGCUGUGCGCCGCAAGGACGAAGAAACACGGCAGGAACUUGGCGCUGAGAUGGCCAAACUACGGAAUGAAACGAAUCGGGUCAAACUCGAUGCUCAAGCCAUGACCUUUAAAUACGACUUGGAGAGGAAGAAGCUUGAAGCUCAGAUGCAACAGAACGCAGAGGCUGCCAAAAAGGAACAAGCGAGGCUAACUAAGGAGUAUGAGGGGAAGCUCGGGCAAAUCGAGCAGAAGAUACGAGAAGGAGGGAACACCAAGGAGAUCUUGGAGUUGCGCAAGCAGAUUCUACAACUUGAGGAGCAGAUAGCCAGCAGACCAUGGGACGAAGGGAGCAGCGGCCCUUGUGUGAUCUCGUAG